AUGGCACCUAUGAACGAAGUAGAGAAGGAUACGAGCCAUAACUGUGCGCUGAAUGAAUCGAGCGUCCCCACCACGCGACCAGAGACGGAGCGGCUUUCACAUGAUAGGAACACUCAGGUCUCAGCGUCCACCUCACCGGAAAAUAUGCGUACACUCGAGAAUGAACAGGGAGUGUUGGCUCAGCAGGUACCGCUUGUUCAGGGUGCCGCUACUAACUCCGUUGUUGACUCGAAAGAAACCGAGCCUCAUCAUCCACCACGACAGUUGAAUCCCGAACAACAACAGCAAUCACCGCAGCCGUUAGAACAGGGGGAACAGCCAGUACCGCAGAAUGAGCAGGUGCCAGAGACAAAACAAGAGGCCGGCGGUGAUGCUACAUCGUUAUCGGCGGGUGAUGCUGGUCAAUCGAGCAUUGGAGCGGCUGUAGAGGGCCAGCCUUCCGCAUACCUAUCUCAAACUACUCCUUCUCAAGACGACGGACCUACCUUACUUCUCAAUAUCCUGCUUACCUCCGGCGGCAAACAUCCCUUUAAACUUGAUGGCAAAUACCUACGGAAACGGGAGGUGAAUGUGACCGACAAUGACCCGUUCUCGAUGUCUGUAUAUACGUUAAAAGAAUUAAUAUGGAGGGAAUGGAGAUCAGACUGUAGAUUCAAUCGGGAAGGCCCUAAUGUGGUUCAUAUGACCAUCAAGCCACAAGAAAUAGUCGACGAGGAGGAUGCAAAGGCCGCCAAAAGCACCCAGAGCCGGGACCACGAGGAGGGUGAAAGGAGCCCCGGCUGCCGCUGUGUCAUAUUAUAG